CGGGGUGGGCCGGAAGUGGCGGAGCGGACCGGGCCGGGCGGCGAUGGCGGCGCGGGCCGCGCUGCUGCUGCUGCUGGCGGCCGUGGCGGCGCCGGUCCCGGCCCGGGGCUCGCAGGGGGACCGGGAGCCGCUGUACCGCGAGUGCCUGGGCCGCUGCGAGCGGCAGAACUGCUCGGGGGCCGCGCUGCAGCACUUCCGCGCCCGCCAGCCGCUCUAUAUGGGCCUGACAGGCUGGACCUGCCGCGACGACUGCGACUACGAGUGCAUGUGGCUGACGGUGCGGCUCUACGUCCAGGGCGGCCACCGGGUGCCCCAGUUCCACGGCAAGUGGCCCUUCUCGCGGUUCCUGUUCUUCCAGGAGCCGGCCUCCGCCUUCGCCUCCUUCCUCAACGGCCUGGCCAGCUUCCUCAUGCUGCUGCGCUAUAAAGCCGCCGUCCCCCCCGCCUCCCCCAUGUACCCCACUUGUGUCGCCUUUGCCUGGGUCUCCUUAAACGCCUGGUUCUGGUCCACCGUUUUCCACACGAGGGACACAGCUGUGACGGAGAAACUGGACUAUUUCUGCGCUUCAGCCGUCGUCCUGCACUCCGUGUACCUGUGCUGCGUCAGGACUCUGGGGCUGCAGCGGCCAGCCUUAAUCAGCAUCUUCAGGGCCUUCCUCCUCCUCUUCCUCGCCUGCCACAUCUCCUACCUGACCCUCGUCCGCUUCGACUACGGCUACAACAUGGCUGCGAACGCGGCGAUCGGGCUCCUCAACCUGGCGUGGUGGCUGCGGUGGUGCCUGCGGAACCGCCCGCGCCUGCCCCACGUCUGGAAGUGCGCGGCCGUGGUGCUGCUGCUGCAGGCGCUGGCGCUGCUCGAGCUCCUCGACUUCCCCCCCCUCUUCUGGGUGCUGGACGCCCACGCGCUCUGGCACAUCGGCACCAUCCCCCUCAACGUCCUCUUCUACAGUUUCCUGGUGGACGACAGCCUCUACCUCCUGAAGGCCAACUCCGACCUCUUCAAAGCUGACUAGAGCUGCCGGGGCUGGGGGAGCACGGCCCUUGGUGCCCCCCCCCGGGGUCCUUCCCGGUGCCAAGCGAACCCCCGCCCCCCCUCCCUGGCCACAGGCUCCUUUCCCCA